ACUGUUCCAACCAUGGUCUCGUGGUCUUCGCCCCUGUGAGCAGUGCCCCGCUUCCCGUCAGUCCAGCAGCCGAAUCUGAUUGCCAUACAGGCAACAAUGAGAGCAUUUUCACAAGGCUUGUCGCACAACGCUUGUCUGAACAGACAGGACUUCGUCACAGGACUUUGGUCGCAGGCACUAGUCGCAAGUCAUUAGAACUUCGUCAGAGGACUUAGUCGCAAGACUUGGUGUUCGGAUCGUCGAAUCAAGUCAAGAGCUCGUAAAGCUCUUUCCACACCUCGUCAGUCAAGAUUCUCGAGUAACCAAUUCGGCUUCUUGUUGUAGAGUUACUUUGACACCACUUCGUUACUUAGCAAGUCGAUCUGUCACAAUGCGGACUCCUAAGAACGUUGCGCCUUAGUAAUCCCAUCGCCCGUCAGCACGAUUUCGUCACCCGCCAACACUUUCUGAUGGUCUCUAGGCGCCUCAGACUCAGACUUCGCCACCCUUAGCCGUUCGCGAUGGCGCCGUCGCUUCGUGCGAUUCGUGCGACGUUCGUGUGCCUGUCGCUGAACCUGACACUGUGCAAUGUCUUCAACGGACGCUACUAUACCGCACCGACGCUCCCUCCCCCCGCGAGUAGCAACAUUGCGAAUGCGAACAGCAGGGAGGGGGAAUCCGCAGAGUCAGCGGGGUUCGUGCUGCCGAGCUCGACGCGCAUCUGCGAUGCGGAUGAGAUGAUUAUUGGCGCGGAAGGAUUACUACCCUCUUUGAAGGAACACUCAUGGAACCCCUGCUUGUGUAGUUGGGAGGUGGAUCUGAUCGCAUCAGUGCCAGCUCAGCAAAUGACAGCACCCCACCGUCGUCAACGCUUGCAAGACCGCAAAUGCCUUCCUCCGCUCGUCAGAAAAGGAACCCGUUUGUUCAAGCUCCUUUCUCCGCCUCCCCCCUCUGCUCUCCCUCCGCCCGCCUGCGACCCCCGCUUCCCCUGGGCGAGGGGGGAAGCUUUUGCUGGGGGGAGCGGAUCUCUGCGCCCUGAUGCGCCUGGAUGGGGAAACAGCGAGGAAAAGGGAGCAGCUGAGAGACGAGAAGGCACUGGGAAUGCAUUGAGCGGAAGGAGAGGAGGACGGGGUGGGAAGAGCACGGAAGACGGGGAUGCGGCAAAGGUCAAGAGGACUCUAGUUCAGGAGAAAAGCCGCGAGGAGGCAAAGGAGGAGAGGCUGAGGCAGACGAUGCAGCAGGAAGGGAGGAAAGCAGAAGCAUCUAAACAGUCCGCUGGAGGACUGAGGAGCACCAUGGAGCAGCGAGAGAGGAAACCAGAGGAAGACAGGAAGCAGAGUGAGAAGGGUAAAGAGGAGACGAAAGAGGAGAGGCUGAGACGAAUAAUGAGGCAGCAAGAAAGGAAGGCAGAGGCGGACAGUCAGCAUAGCCAGAAGAGAGCGAGGCAAGGGCCUGGCGGUGGGGCUCACGGCAUGGGAGUGGAUCCCGUCCACCAGCUGGCACUCGGCAGAGCGUUUUCUGCACUGCGGCAGGGAAGCUACUCGGAAGCUGCUAAAGAAUUUAAUAAGCUGGAGGCGGUGGACCAUCCCGAUGUACGACAGCACAUGCUGUUGGGCCGGGGCAUAGCCUUCACUUUCUUGGGCCAGCCAGAUAAGGCGCUCAAGGACCUCACCAAGGGCACAAAGCACUUCCCACACAUGGUCGAGUUCUGGCGGCGUCGAGCUCAGGUGCUGUCGUCGAUGGGGCGGCGGGCAGAGGCAAUAAGCGACUACACGCAAGCUCUGCAGCUGGAGCCAAACCACUACGAGACGGUGCAAGAAGAGGCGGGUGACUUCUGGACGGCCAUCGAUGAUCUCACAGCCGCACUCAAGCGCCAACCCAAUGAGCCCAUGCUCACCCGUGCUGUGUGGAGGGACACUGUGAACAUACUGGAAGAGGCAGUGAGGCGGCAACCAGGGGUGGCUCUGCUGUGGAAUGAGAAGGGCCGGGCACACAAGGAGCUGGGGGAACCGGAGCAAGCACUGGCUGCACUGCGCAAGGCGCUGGCACUGGAAGAGACAGCAGAGGCAUAUCUACGCUUGGCCGUUCUGCUGCAGAGCAUAGGGGACCACAGGACAAGGGGAGAAGACACCUGGGGGGGUGGAGGAGGAGGUGGGGGAGAUGGGGGAGGAGGGGGGGAAGGAGGUGGAGGGGGAGGAGGUGGGGAGAAGGGGGAGGAUGGAGCGGAAGCGGAGGCCGCCAUCAAAUACGCCCACAAGGGGCUGAAGCUGAAGCCCAUGGACAUCGAGCUCAAUUACGCGGAAGCUUCCUCGCUGCAUGCAGUUGGGGACUACCGUGCUGCUAUAUCUCAGUACAGCCUUAUUCUAACGCUGCCUUCUCAAGCGGCCACCGAGUAUGCGCAGGUCCAGCAGUCCCUCGCCUUCUACCAGAGGGACAUCGCCACUUACACAUGGUCCAAACUCAGCCGCCCUUUCGAUGAUUUCCAAAUUGACCGAGACCUUGACGUCAGUCUCAAGGAGGCAUGGAUUCGACGGCUUCCGCCUGCAGUGCUUCCCCCCACCUACCGCCCCCUUGACCUCCCACCAGGCGCCAAGGGCAAGGGCAAAUCCCCUGCCCUGCCGUCACUAUCUGAGGAGGCUCUGGAUCUAAUAGCAAGGGCGGAUGAGAUUGGGAGGAGGGCGCAUUACUUCAUGGAUGGGUUCAUGCCAAACAAAAGACAGUUUCGCAUGGCAGGGCUGGCGGCUUUGGAUGUGAUGCAGCAGGUUAGAGCAACGUGGGAGGGCAUGGCACGAAAAGAAGAAGCAGCAGGGGUGGAGGAAGCGGGCAAAAACGUGGCAGGAGGAACGGAUGAGAGUGGGGAAGAGGGGCGAAGGGAUGAGGAAGAUGAAUCCGAAGCAAACACGGGAUUGGCGCAAUCCAGACCAAGGGCGAGCAAGAGGGGGAGGCGGAGACGAAGGGCGUUCGCUGACUCAUUCUACAAGCUGACGAGAGCAGAGGGCAGCAAGGGGGAGAAGGGCGCACAGGGCGGACUCAAGGGGCGUUCAGACAAGAAGGGGGGCGGGCGGCUGAUGGCAGGCUGGAGGGACAUGUUCAAUCUGAUCGUGCCGUGGAGGCAGAUGGGCGAGCCCACGGACCUUGUGGCUUGGGUCGACCUGCUAGAGAACGAGAUCGAGAGGGGGUACGGAAGCCUGACUGGCAUUCAGAUUGGCCAGUUGCAGAAUGUCAAGUACUACCCGCUCAGAGACAGAACUCUGGAGGUGGUGAAGCAGCGGCUGCUGGAAUCAGAGGAAGCUUCCAACGCAACGGGCAUGACUCUGAGCUCCAAGAGCGUGCAUGGCCUCAUGGGCGCAUCACUGGGGGACAAGUUCCGCAUUCCGAGAAACAUCUACGGUGAAAGGAUUGAGCAGGCAGGGACUGUGCAGGAGCUCCAUGAGGUGGUGGGCUGCGACUUCUUCAUCAACUCGCAGUGCUUCAGUGAAGCCAUUCCCGGCAAGGCUCUUCUUGGGACGGAGUUCUCCAUUGUGUCAUCCGCUCGGUCGUUUGACUUCGUCAUUCGCACUACAGUGGACAAGCACCGUUGGAAGGACCUGGAUUUGGAGUUAACAGCAGCAUGGGAGGCCCUGUGUGAGUCAGUGCUGGACGCACGGACAGAGGCAGCAGAUCCUCACCUCUACCGCCAGAGGAUUCAGCGCUCCAUCCUCAGGCUGGGGUACUUCUGGUAUCAGUUCAUGCCUCUCACUAGAGGCUCAGCAAUGGUGGGGCUGAUCUCCAUCCUGGGUCUGUCCCUGGCUGCUGACAUGGAGACCACCGCUCUCAUCCCUGAGGGGGUUCAGGUUGAUUGGGAAGCGUUGCUCUCUCCUACAUUUGCAAAGUUUAAUGAUUCUGUGGCGCCGUGGCUAUACGAGCAUGUAAAGCCUGCACCUUGGGACUUGCCUCGUGUGCGUGACGCACUUCCCACAACGCAUCAUGUUGUCAGUGCACUCAGCCAGGGAUAUUGAUUGCCAGAUCUACUGAUAGAAUUUCAAGCGUGUGUAACUUUCAGACUCCCAAAACUGGAAAAUGCGUGUUGGCUAUAAGCUACCAGAAAAAUGUA